UUUGACGCAUUAAAAAAAUGUAAACAAAGUGAAAUAUUGUAUUAAUACAAAGAUAUUCUCUAGCGAGGUAAAAAUGUAGCUGUUUCGAAAGAUACUUUUAAAAGCUAGAAUUAUACUUGAAUGAUUGCUCUAGGUAUAUAUUUACUUUACACCUCUACUCCGCAACAUUUUAUGGACAAAUGUCUUAUUUUGUGAGGUUUGGACAUUCCCGACCUUCGCUUGUAGGGGGCAGCACCGCGUGGUUUUCCGGAAGUGUGUCGUUCAACGAAGAAGAGCAGACAGGAAGUUGGUGCAUUCUGGUGCUUCUGUAAUGACAGUGUAGCUAGGAUUUCCUUGUUCUUUUCUCUUUUUUUGGUUUGGAUUACAGUAUAAGUCUCCCUUGCCGGUACGAGAAAUGUAACCGGACUAUUAAUCAAUCUUCAUUUGGUUGAUCCCUCUCCAUUGAACCAUAGUGUGCAUACCAGACAAGGAACCACAAUCACUCCUCCCACAUGGCAUAUGCACGUGAUCAAAAAUCCAUCCGAGAGGUAUAUGAAGAGCGCUUCUGUCCAAUGGAUUCAAGAGAGGUGACUCUCCAUCGGGUGGUCAAUAUUGUUGACAAGAGGAGCCCAAUGCCUCGGGUGCAAGUGGGAUAUGACAGAAGUUUUGAUAAUGACCAGUGGUAUGGCGGUCCUCGCAAUUACCACGAUGCAAGAGAACCUUACGGAGAUGACGGUUUCGCGCCCAAUGACCGUCGCUACUUUGAUGACAGCCCACCGUGCAAUUUUCGCAGGAAUAUUUCACAAAAUGAGGGCCCGUCCUCUCAACAGUGGUAUGGCCGAGAUGAUUUGAGGCAUCAGUUGGGCUUGAGGAAAAGCGGCGGAAGCGGCCCUUCUUUCCGCAGCCGAGGCCGCAAGUCGGGCCCUCCUCGGAGGAGUCCUCCGCCAGUAGCAGACAAGCGGGGCCGCUCUCCUUUGCGGAGGGCGGCCCGUCCGCCUGAGCCCGCCCGCUCCGGGUCCAACAGCAGCAGCCGCAGCUUCUCCCCCGACCGAGAGAGAGGCUUCCCCCCCCAGCAGCAGCAGCAGCAGCAGCAGCAGCAGCGGCAUCUGCCCAGCGUGCUGAUGAGCCCCGUGGAGGAGUCCACUCACAGCUCAGGCUCCUCAAAGGAAAAUGCUGUGGUAUCUGUAGCGGAGGCGGAGGAGGAGGAGGAGGAGGAGGAGGAGGAGGAGGAGGAGGAGGCUGCUGCCGGCGUGGAGCCGAAGCCGACACCGGAGGAAGUCCUCAAGACUCGCCGGUCGGAGGCCAUUAAGGCCAAGGCUCUGGAAAUCGAGACGCAAUACAGGAAGGACUGCGAGACCUUCCGCACGGUGGUGAAGAUGUUGGUGACCAAGGAGCCCGGUUUGGACGACCUGCUGCAGGCUCCGUUGGACGAGAACCUGCUGGAGAUCAAAGAGCGCUGCCUGGACGCGCUGAGGCAGUUUGUAAAGGAGCUGGACGAGAUAUUAAAGCAGCCAGAGCCCUCCGCAUGAACAACUAAAAUGUGUUUUUUAAACUAUUAUGUAAAAAAAAAAAAAACCCCAAAAACAGAUCUGGUAGUGACACUUUUCCCCUCGCUGAAAUGUAAAUAAGAUUGAUUCAAUAAUUGUUGUUUCUGGAAACCUGAACAAUUAUAAUUUGUAAUGUUCAGCUGCAAUUUUUUUCUUCAGUCAAUACAGAAGACUUAAGAUAUUUUUUGUGGAAUCCUACUCAUUCUUGCCUAUCACAACCGCUCUUUUGGUUUUUAUAAAGUAUAUUAUGCUACCAGUAAAUGUAUUUCUUGCAGACGAGGCCGUGCAACUAACUGUAACAACUACUCUCAUCAUUGUAUUAAAUGGGACGAGUCCAUGUGUGUUUGCUUCAGUGCAGCGCAAUUUUAUAUAGACAAAUACUUUUUAUACUGUGUGGAGAUCAUGCGUUUAUCAAAGUCAAAUAUCAAUGUUUUUCCAAUAAAAGCGUAAGCCUUGAAAUUGUUUCUUCGUGUUCA